AUGCGUGAGAAGCCGGGGAGGACGCGGAGCCUGUACAUGCCGAGGAACCCCGCAGAUCGAGCCCCCAUCCCGGGUCCGAAGCAGGUCUGGACCAUGUCAGGACUCCUCAUCUGUCCUCGCUGUGGUGAUGCCUUUAAAUUCAGCACAAUCGCUGAUCUCAGAGUUCACCUCAUCACACGACACACUUAUGAGACGCUGCUGCUGUUGUCACAAGCCCGUGUGCGGACCUCCAGACCCCGCUCUCUGCUUCCACUUGCCGGGCCGAUGUUAGCCCAGAUUGAGUGUUCAAUGUCCGGGACAGAGCUCCAGCAAAUUCCCCUCCCUCUGGAAAGUCUGGACCUGGCCUCAUCCACCUCCUCAGUCCAGCUGCUGCAGUCAAUGGUCCUGCCCAGAGGGAAGCUCACAGAGACCUUCUUGCGGGUGGACAUCGGGCUGGAGGAGAGGCUGGGUCUGGGCGUGGGUCUGGGCCCCAGGAUUGCCCGAACCCUGGAGGAGGUGGAGCAGAGGGUGAACCGCAAAGUGGAGCGCCUCAAAUCCAGACUGCAGCAGAAAGACGAGGAGCUCCAGAGGCAGAGGAUCGUGGAGGAGACCCUGAGGACACAGAAACAGGAGCUGAACGAACACCUGGCCCAUCUCACCGGACAGGUGUCGGCUGCAGAGGAGCUCAUGAGCAAACUGCUGCAGGAACUGGAGGCCAAAGAGACCGAGCUGAACUACAAACAGCAGGAGAUGGUGGAGAUCGAGUGUUUUCUCAACAGUUUGGCCCAACGAGAAGCUGAAGCUAAAGUCAAACUCCAGGUUUUCAUCGAGUCUUUGUUGGAGCGAGCAGACCGCGCUGAGAGGCAUCUGCUGCUGAUCACUUCACACAAACCCAGUCCACACAGGGGAAGUUUGGAUGAGAUCAUCACCAGUCGUCUCCAGGAGUCCAUUGGGAACCGGGUUCGUAGAGGGAGGAUGGGGUCAGACCUGGAGUAA